AUCCUACCAUGCCGCGUCCCUUCGGCGGCAUCUUGUCUGUCGGGGUUACCCGGAGCAAGGCGAAAAGCAGAAAGUCCAGCAUGAAUGCGCAGGCUUUGGCGAAGUACCACAAGCAAGUGGCAGACAUUGAGUUCUACGAGGAACUCAAUAGACCGCUGCUGAAGUUAGCAGACAGCGGCGGGCAUAGCUACUUUUCACGACCUUGCAGCAACUCCAAAAGUUAUGCUCAUUUCUAUGGCAGCAAAAAUACAACUACCGGUGCAGCUGGGACGACCUUUUCUGAAACUAGCAGCAUAGCGGAGCGGUCAAAGUCGGCGGCUCGAUUGUUGCUGAAUCGCCUGCGGUAUCGAUAUUGGGCGUUUAGAGGCGGAGGACUGCAAUAAAUUUUGAAAUAGCCACAGCGUAUUUGAUGCAUACGCGACAACGGGAACGGAAAAAAUAGCAUUUGAAGAACAUGCUCCGGCGCACAACUGCUACGUGGUCGAACAAAACAAAAAUAAAACAAAAACUAUCCUGACCGGAUAUUUUCUAUUUGACGAUAUUGAGAGCGUCGAGGUCGACCACAACGAGCCCGCCAAGGAAUAACUACAGAGAAGGAAGUGCCCUCUGGUCUUGCUGCAUCCCAGCACGACGCACAAAAUUUGACGAAGAUGCAAGAAUAAACACAUCGGAAAUUAUCAAAAUAGGAAGCACAGCCUGCUUGCCUUCAACGGAAAGAAGUCAUUCUCAUACGACGACGCGCGCGAAUCAAUCCCACGCGGCAUCGUAGACACCUAGGGAAGUAGACUUUGUUUUGCAACAAGUAGUUGUAAGUCACGAUAAAUACUACAUCACCAUACAUAAUUUCAUACAGGAUUUAGCGACGACGUUGUUGGCGCUGCUACACCUACAUACCCAUAGAUACGUGGUCGUCUCUUGCUUAUGAUGACAGGACGGGCCCCACCAGCAGAAGAACGCAACUCAUCAAAUAGCACUACAACAC